UGAUCCUGACAAAUGACGGAAUCUAUGAAAAAUCUUAUUUUUUAGCGCAUGAACAAGCGAUGGGAAAAAAACUAGCAACAGUGCCGCCAAGUAGGAAAGGGAAAGGCCACAAACCGGGAGGCACUGAGGGCCUCUAUUUAAUCAAAUUCAAUGUUGUGCUUUUAUAAUAUGAGAUAGCUAGAUAAAUAGAUUAUUAUUUCUAAAAAUGUCUAAAGAAAUGGUAGAAUGUACUUCAGGUUCUUCUCCAGCCACUACUGCAGAAUCUGAAGAAGACGAUUUGGACUCUAUGCCAUCCGUUGAUCCUGAAACAUUUAAAUGGAGUACAAGUCAAGAAUUAAGUUUAUUACUCAAUAUGAUACAAUUAAAACCAGCUGGAAUUAAUAAACAUUUGAGCAUGUGUUUGAUCCGAGAGAAAUUAAGUAAGGAAUUAAAAUUAAAUAUACCAUCCCAAUGUAUUUGGAAAUACUUAUGGUCACGAUGGAAUAUGGAUGCAGCUGAUGAUAUAGAGAAAACAAAUUUUUCAACUGCACUUGAAGAUUUUGAUUUACCCGAAGAUGAAUACAGCCAGCUUUUAGUUGAAGAAGGAGAAAAGUUAAGAAAACAAAUUGACGAAGAAGAAAGUUUGAUAACCAAACAAGAAUUAGCCUCUAUAGCUAAUAAAAAAGAAGAAAUAAAAAAAAAGAAAAUUUUACGAGGAUCUGGGAAAACUAGAUCUAAAUCAGAUUCUAUUUCUUCUGUUGAUUCUAAAGAUGGUAUAGUAGAAAAUAAUACUGGCACACUUGAUACUUUAAUAGUGAAAUCUGAAGAUCUUGAAUUUGAAGAAAUCACUACAAGUACAAGAAGAUCUUUACGUACUAAUGAAAAACCAGAAGAAAAAGAAAAACAAGAGAAAGAAGAACCUGAUGAACAGGAUGCAUCUAAUAAAAAACGUUUAUUACGUGUAAGCACUAAGGUGGAAAUACCUAAAACUAAAGAGCCAAAAAUUUUAUGUAAAAGACCAAUAAAUCCUUCUAAAGAAGUAGAUCUUGAAGAAACACUUCCAAGUAAUAGGGGAAGAAAAAGAAAAAAUCGUAAUGUAUCAGAAUCGAGCAUUAGUUCAGAUAAUAGUAAACAUCCUAAAAUAAAUAAAAAUAAUUCUUAUGAUGUUAAUGCCUCUGAUAGCUCAUCUAGAUCAGUAACUCCAGAAAACUUAAAAAGCAAAAUGUCAACCAGAUCAAUAACACCAGAUACAUCUAAUAGAAAAUCAAAUCUCAGAUCAAGUGAUAGAGACUUCAAAUCUAAAAUUACUCUAGAUAAGUCUACUUCAAAAAAUCAUAAUGUUGAUCAUUUACAAGAACUAAAAACUGAAAACAUUAAAAUAGAGCGUGGAGAAAAACAAUCAAAUGUAGACUCAAAACCUAAACGUUCAAUUCAUAAACAUUCAGAGGUUAAUAAAGUAAAAGCAAAAUCAAAACCAAGAUUAAGUUCUGAUGCAAUAGUUGCACAGCAAGCUGAAGUUCAAACAUCUUUAGGUCGACGUUCUUGUAUAAACAAGAACUAGCAUAUUUUUUAAUUAUUGUAAUUAAAAAGUAAAAGUAUAAUCGGUAACACAGUUAUUAAUCUUCUAUUAUUAUGGUUAAUAUCAUACAUUUUACAAUAUGAUAAAAUAUUUUUAAAAUUUAUUGAAAAUUUUCAACAAAUAACUUACUUCUUAUAAAUUGUAAAUAUUCUUACAUUGAUA